ACAUCCUGGAAUAUGGCUGUGGCGAGGGGGGCGUGGUUUAGCGGGGUCUGCAGCAGGAGGGAGUGUCUGGGGAUGUGCGGUGAUUGAACGGGUUGAAUGUAAAUCACGAACACCUGUUUCUCGUUCCAGUAAUUGGCGUGGAGACAGGAUAAAACGCCAGGAGAAGCAGGAGCGUGGGAGAGAGAGAGGGACUGCUGACAGUCAGACUGAGUGAGCUGUGCUCGUGUCGUGGAGUGAAGCCCGUCCUUGGAUGUGGAAUUAUUGAGUGUGCGUUGCACCGUCUUUUUGUUUAUGUGUUUGAUAUUUUUCUCUGGUGAGAAUAAAGACUGUCAGCAGCCCAAAGCCGAUCCCUGUCCUCUUCCUUCCCAUUACACAAAGAACCUUCAUUACACUGGUGCCGAAACCCGGGAAGGAAGACGGAAGCCGCCGCCAUGCAGGCAACCUCCGCCGCUGGGACGCCGUUUGCGGACAUCAUCGCAUCCCUCGCGGCCCUCCAUCAAGAGCAACAUCGGGCCCUGCUAGAUCUCCGCCAGGAUCAGGAGCGCCGCUUCGAGGCGAUUGUCCAGGGCCAGCAGGAGGACCGCGAGAGGUUCCGGAGCUGGAUAGACCGGGAGGUUCCCGCGGAGACCAGCGCGGCAGCUGCUGGCCCCUUCCCGCUGCCACUGCAGAAGAUGGGCCCGCAAGAUGACCCGGAGGCCUUCCUGGACCUUUUUGAAAAGUCUGCCGAGGUGUCAGGUUGGCCCCGGGACCAGUGGCCCAUGCGGCUCGUCCCGCUGCUCUCGGGCGAGUCGCAGGUGGCAGCGCAGCAGCUGCCCAUCCAGAACCUCCUGGUCUUCAACGACCUCAAGAGGGCCAUCCUGCAGCGGGUCGGCCGCUCCCCCGAGCAGCACCGUCAGCGCUUCCGGUCUCUGGAGCUGGGGGAGGCGGGCCGGCCCUUCGUGUUGGCCCAACAGCUCCGGGACUCGUGCCGCAAAUGGCUGAUGGCCGACGGAGGCGACGUGGAGCAAAUGAUCGAUCGCGUGGUGCUGGAACAGUUCACCACUCGGCUCCCAAAGAAGACCGCCGAGUGGGUCCAGUGCCACCGGCCCACGUCGCUGGAUUCGGCCAUCCAAUUGGCGGAGGACCACUUGGUGGCGUGCCCAGGGGUCGGCGAACCCCUGCCAUCUGUCUCUCUCUCUCCCUCUCUUCUUCCCCUCUCUCUCUCUAAACCUGUCCCUCUACCUAGGUCCCGUCCGCCCGGCCCGCCUCGUGUUCCGCCCCGGGGGCGGGGUGGAACGGAUUCUCGGCAGUUCGUGGCGCCAAGAGCCCCGCCCAGGGGGGCGGGACUGGCCACCGCCGGGCUGGACCCCGCGCCUGCUUCUCCCCUCUCUCCACGCCAAUCAUUCGGCCCGUUCUCCGCCACUGGAGCGGCGGGCAGGUCUGGGCCGGCCUGUUGGCGUUGCGGGGACCCGGAUCACUUCAUAGACCGGUGUCCAGUGAUGGAGGUGGGGACAUUGAUCCGGGUCCCGGACGACCUGCAGGUCGCCCCCGGUCAGGCUGGUCAGUACCAGAUACCAUAAUUGGCGUGGAGACAGGAUAAAACGCCAGGAGAAGCAGGAGCGUGGGAGAGAGAGAGGGACUGCUGACAGUCAGACUGAGUGAGCUGUGCUCGUGUCGUGGAGUGAAGCCCGUCCUUGGAUGUGGAAUUAUUGAGUGUGCGUUGCACCGUCUUUUUGUUUAUGUGUUUGAUAUUUUUCUCUGGUGAGAAUAAAGACUGUCAGCAGCCCAAA